AUGGCCAUAAAAAAAUUCAACUUUUGUUUUCUAACUCUCUUUCUAAGUUAUGGCAUGCUAAUUCCAACACAGUCUCUUGGUAAUAUAUGUUUACCAAAAGAACAUGUUGCACUAUUUGUCUUUGGAGAUUCGUUAUUUGAUGUUGGAAACAAUAAUUACAUCAAUACUAGUACUGAAAAUCUAGCAAAUUAUUCACCAUAUGGUGAAACAUUCUUCAAGUAUCCAACUGGUAGAUUUUCUGAUGGACGUGUGAUUCCAGAUUUCAUAGCUGAGUAUGCUAAGUUGCCGUUAAUUCAACCAUAUCUGUUUCCUGGUUCACAAGAAUAUGUUAAUGGAAUCAAUUUUGCAUCAGCUGGUGCUGGAGCUUUAGUGGAAACUCAUAAAGGACUGGUGAUAGAUCUACAUUCUCAAUUAACUUAUUUCAAGAAUGUUAAAAAGAUAUUGAGGGAGAAACAUGGAGAUGAAGAGACCACAAUCCUUCUCGCUAGGGCUGUUUACUUGAUUACCAUCGGAAGCAAUGAUUAUUCUUUAGAAAAUUCCAGCUUAUAUACUCAUGAAAAAUACGUAUCCAUGGUAGUUGGUAAUCUUACAACCGUAAUCAAAGGAAUACAUGAAAUGGGAGGGAGGAAAUUUGGGAUUCUUAACCAACCAUCUAUUGGUUGUUUUCCAAAUAUCAAGGCUGUUGUAAAUGGAACUAAGUUUGCCUGCAUAGAAGAGUAUUCAUCACCUGCCAAACUACAUAACACCAUGCUUUCUGUUGAACUUCAAAAGUUAGAGAAACAUAUCAAAGGAUUUAAAUAUUCAUAUUUUAAUUUCUUUGAUAUAUCUUUUGAAGUCAUAAACAACCCUUCAAAAUUUGGUUUGAAAGAAGGUGGAGUUGCAUGUUGUGGUAGUGGUCCUUUCAAUGGAUAUUACAGUUGUGGAGGUAAAAGAGUAGUGAAAGAUUAUGACUUGUGUGAGAAUCCUUCUGAAUAUGUGUUCUUUGAUUCUAUUCAUCCUACUGAAAGUGCUAGUAAGAUUAUUUCCAAGUUUAUGUGGAAUGGAAAUCAAAGUAUCGCUAGCCCUUACAAUCUCAGAACAUUAUUUGAAGGAUAA